CUGUGGAAUCUCGUGAGGAACAUGUGCCAUCAAACAGUUGUAAUUUCCACAAAACAGAGGGGUCAAUUUCAAAGUAUCAGAUUCUCCAUUGAUGGAAAAGAUGAGACGCCCAUCAACAGUAGAGUGGGCUUGCGAGCGAGUGUGAUGGCUUUAUGUUUGUGCCGAUACAUCAUCCUAAGCUGCCAUCCUCGGCACCGCCAUCAAGCCCUCUCUGCCACUGCAAGAAAUAACAAUUUCUCUUCGCUUUAUUGUCCUCCAAAUCACUGCCAAAAAUUUACUUCUGCCCUCUCGAUUGAUCCUCAUCAUCGUCAUAAACGCUUCAGAGCUUCAUUUUGUGCUCAAUCAUCAUCAAUCAUGCAAAACCCGCCUCAAGGUUAUAGAAGAAACGUUGGUAUUUGUCUCAUGAAUCCCUCUUCUAAAAAGAUUUUUGCAGCAUCAAGACUUGACAUACCUGACGCCUGGCAAAUGCCUCAGGGUGGGAUUGAUGAAAGUGAAGAUCCAAGAACUGCAGCUGCAAGGGAAUUGAGAGAAGAAACAGGAGUUACUACAGCAGAUAUUGUUGCUGAGGUGCCUUAUUGGUUGACUUAUGAUUUCCCUCCAGCUGUGCGGGAGAAACUAAAUCGUCAAUGGGGAUCAGACUGGAAAGGUCAAGCUCAGAAAUGGUUUCUUUUCAAAUUCAAUGGAAAUGAUGAUGAAAUCAAUCUUUUGGGUGAUGGUACUGAGAAGGCUGAAUUUGGAGAAUGGGCAUGGAUGUCAGCAGAACAAGUAAUUAAUCAUGCAGUGGAUUUCAAGAAACCUGUUUAUGAGGAAGUUUUGUCUGUUUUCUCAACAUAUCUGCAGUAAAUUACUGAAGAUUAUUCUUUUAGUGGACGUGCAAAUUUACUGGACUUUUUCAAGUGGAAAUGAUGCAGCAGCAUCUUGUCAAAAGCUAAAUUUAUGACUCUAAUGAUUAUGUUUUAAUUCCGAACUAUUGUCAUACGGAUCCACAGGUUCAAAGUACUUCAUUUUGCUUGGAUGUGUUAAUGCAUAUUCUACAAGUUCAAGGACAGUAUCGACAAAGUUGUUAUAACUCGUAAGAAGGAAGCUGCCAACGUUUUGCAGCCUGUUUAUAUUCGGAGAGGGAAUCAAAGCUUGCAUGGCAUUUGCGGAUACUAGACUGCACUGAUCAAAUACAUCACAUUGAGAAAAGUAAUGGAUGACUUGACAGCAUUACAAAUUGUCUCUAAAUUUUGCAUGGUGUCUGUGUCGUGCUUAGAGGUUGAACGAGGGGGAAAGUUUGUGAUGUGUCUAUCUCUUGGCAAUACUUCGUUCUCAUUCAAAAACUUAUCUUGCAUUGGCAUAGGAUGUUUCAACUAACCUGAUAUCAAACUCUGCUUAA